CUAGGGUAUCCCGCUAAUGACGUCACAUUUGCGGAAGGAGGUGAAUUAUAAAUGCUUCACCGAAGGACUUGUUUAACAGCCUUAAAAACAAGACUUACAGACUACUGAUCAGACAUGAUGCUAAAGAGAAUGACAAGCAAAGAUGCAGAGCUAGAGGACACCAGCAAAUGUCCAGGAAAUUUGAAAGAGGAAGAUGAAGACAGUUUGAGUUUGUUUGACCUACCAUGGGAAGAUGUUCUCUUCAGAAAAGUACUGCCCCUUCUUCCCCUCACUUCACUAUUCAAAUUCCGAACCGUCAGCUGGAUGUCAAAGGAACUGAUAACAAAUUAUUUCUCACAGACAAAGUCUCUAAAUCUGUGCCAAGUUGCCUUUCGAAUGACUCCAAGUGCAUUCCAUAUCAUGACAGACAGUAACAAUAGCCUGGAAGUGAUUGUGUUGAGGAAUGCUAAGGACUGGCUCUCGGGCAAUCUCUUCAAACCUCUCAUUCACAAGUCACCAAAGCUCAUCAAGGUGGACCUUACAAACUGUCAGACCAUCAAUAAUGUCUGUUUACAGGCCCUGGCUGGUACCUGUAAGAACCUGAAGGAGCUGUACCUGCGGGACUGCCAUUGGGUCAGUGUGGAGGGCAUCAAGACAUUAUCCCUCAACUGUAAGAACCUGGAGAAACUGGAUCUGACUGGAUGCUGGGAAGUUAAUGACAGUGCUGUGGUUGUAAUAGCAAUCUAUUCUCAAAAGUUGAGGUACCUAUCUGUUGCCAAGAUCUACGGUUUAACGGAUCAUGCCAUAAGCUCUUUAGCAAAAUCCAGCAAGUCAUUGGUACACCUCAAUGUUCAGGGAUGUUGGAGACUAUCGGACGACUCAAUUAGAGACCUUGCGGAGUACAGUCGGACUUUGAAAGUGCUACAGGUACGGGAGUGCCGUGAUGUCACAGAGGGCAGUUUGGCACGUUUACGUGUCCAACAAGUUAAACUUGAUGUUCGACCUCCCCCUCAUCUCCGAAACUUGAAUAUUUUACAUACACAGAAUCAAAAACUCAAUGUUCAAAUAUGAAACAAAUUUUUGGCACAAUUAAGUGUAGUCAUAAAUUCAAUGAUCCAGUGAUCACAGAAUGGGAAGUUCCUCAUCCGAGUCACUAGCUUCGGCGCAAUCCAGGAGGUCAGCGUUGAUCAAGCGACAUUUCUUCCUAACCAGCCCCACUGGACUUUCUGAUGGCACAAAGGGAGAUGACUCCGGUACAGUGACAUCAUUCUCUUUAUCAUGUUGAGAACAUACAACACUAUUUGUUUCUGAAAAGUAAAGAUGGGUCUUGAGAAACUUGAAACUCUGAAAACUACACAAUACUAAACAACCAUCUACAAAUCUCAAACAACUUUAAAAUAUUCAAAAUAAAGUUUCUCCAAUCUAUGAUAAUUCGGUAUUGUUCUAGAAUAUCUAGUCAUCUUAGAAAAAAUAUGUUAUCAUAUGCACGACAAGAAAUGACAUAUAUAUAUAUGCAGCUGUUGGAGACUGUGGAAGGUCUCCUCAAUGUAUUUUUCAAUGUAUUACUUAUGAUCAGCCUUGUUUUUAGAAUGUAUUUCUAAAUUUCUGAGCAGUUUCAAUUGAAUACAUUUUCAAAUUAAAUCAUUGAUAUCUGUCUCACUAUGUUUAAGAAAAGAUUUAUGAUGAAGGGGUAUGCUUGAAAGUGUUUCUCUUAUCUGAUGAGUGUAUCGUUUUCAUAUAUAGAACUACAGUAAAAUUGUUUGUGUCGAACACACUCAUGUCAAAUAAAAUAGAUGAGUUAAAUGGUAAGCUUGGUAACAAAUUUUCUCCUUUUUGAUUGAAGUAAAUUAAACAUGGAUGUCUCUAACACUCUUAAGUAAAAUACAGUGGCUGUGUCAAAAUCCUGUUUUUAGUCACUACUUUAACAUCUGUAAUUUACUUUCUCCAGUUACGUCAAACAUUCACAGGUGCCAGUUAGGACAGCCAAGUAAAACCUGUUGAAUCUUAAACAUAUUGUCCAGGGUCUCGCGUUCCUUAGGAUAACAAAGCUAACGGACAAGCUUUUGACAAGAUUGAAAUGUACGACCAGGUUGUUUGAAUCAUGAUUUACAAGGGAAAUGUAUUUUUUGUUAUAUCCCGGAACCAUUUAUAGAACCUGUAAAUAUUUUGUUGAAUUAAAAAUAAAUCAAAUGAAUUCAUUA